GGUGUUCUGGCCGGACUCCCUGCUGGCCCAUUUACCUGGGUGGCAGCACAGCUGGGCCUGGCCGUGGCUCCAAGACAGGCAGGAAGUGCCGGCGGGGAUCCGGUGGGGUGCACAGCCCGUGACGCCCCACGCAGCCUGGCAGAAAGGGCAGCGGAAGCGCGUGCCUCAGUAGCCCAUUUGAGCCGGUGCCAGCCCUCCCUCCCGGGUCCCCUCCACAAUGGCCGCUCUGUGUGGCCUCGGGCUUCGGUGAGGUCCCGGGCGGGCCGGGCAGCAGACACGGCUAAUUGGACCGGGCACGCCUGGCACACGGCAGCCGCUGAGAAGGGCCAUUGUGGGGAGCUGUUGUUGUUCCACGGGGGCAGGGCAGGGCGGAUCAGCCAGCCGGACGGACGGGUGUAAAUUGUUAUUUACAGUUUCUGGGCUUUUAAAAGCAGCACCAUCCUGGCACCCUGACUGCUCCAGACUGCAGUGCCAUGGCGACCCUGGUGACUCUGGUGUCCCUGCUUCUCCUGGGCUUUCAGGCCCAGGUCAGGUCUGAGUGGACCUACUCAGAGGGCCAGCUGGACGAGGAGCACUGGGCGCUGCACUACCCGGCCUGCGGGGGCACUCGGCAGUCCCCCAUCAACCUGCAGAGGCGGAAGGUGCACUUCAACCCGGCCCUGACGCCACUGGAGCUCAUGGGCUACGAGGAGGGUCAGGCCGGCCAGUUCCCCAUGACCAACAACGGCCACACAGUGCAGAUCACCCUGCCUGAGAGCAUGCGCCUGGCCGGCCCCGAGGGCACCGAGCACGUGGCCGUGCAGAUGCACUUCCACUGGGGCGGCGACUCCUUUGAGGUCAGCGGCUCGGAGCACACCGUUGACGGCGUCCGACGGGUCAUGGAGAUCCACGUGGUUCACUACAAUUCGAAAUACGAGAGCUAUGACAUAGCCAAAGACGCCCCAGAUGGCCUGGCAGUGCUGGCCGCCUUCGUGGAGAUGGAGGAGGACGCUGAAAACACCUACUACAGCAGCUUCAUCUCCCACCUGGCCAACAUCAAGUACCCAGGACAGAGCACGAUGAUCAGCGGCCUCCCGGUCCUGGACAUGCUGCCCGAGAACCACUUCGAAUACUACACCUACCACGGCUCCCUCACCACGCCGCCCUGCACGGAGAACGUGCGCUGGUUCGUGCUGCAGGACUCCGUCAAGCUCUCCAGGGCGCAGGUCUGGAAGAUUGAGAACUCCCUGCUGACACACGACAACAAGACUCUGCACAACGGCUACCGCAGUGUCCAGCCGCUGCAUGACAGGGUGGUGGAGGCCAGUUUCCAGUUCUCCCGCAGCCUCCACUCCGAGAUCGGGUCCUACUUAGAAGGGAUCCAGAUGAGCAUUCGGGACCUGGCCAGGGCUUUGGAGCAGAGGAGAGAGAAGAGGCGUGUCUAAGGGGGCUUGGAGGAAUCCUGGGACCGUGCCCUGGACACCAGCUGGACUUAGAUUAGGACAGGAAACCGUCACCAGGACAUGGAGGGACUCGAGGCUGACAUCGCCAGUGAGAAUUGACUGACACAGCCGCGGCGCGGCUGUCGGGCUCAGCUGCCCUCCUGGAGGCCCGGGCUGCGGCUGGGCCGGGCGCUUCUGUCCCGGCACCGAAAAAAUCAUCAUCGCUUUGGUAAUACAGAGCAGCACACGGCAGCAGUGGCCCAAGGUGGCCGGCGCUCGCGGGCCGGGAGGACACGGGGAAGCCUUAGCAGGGACAGAAAUAGUCACGACUGUGACCGUGGCCGCACAAUGACACGCACGCCUUCAGCUGCACGCAGCAUCGUCUCAUGAAUGUAUCACGCUGUACAUAAAUUAUAUGCAUAAAUUAUGAAGUAAUAUUCACUGAAAAAAAGAAAAAAGAAAAAAGAAAAAAAUCAGCUGGAACUCCCUUUAGCAUUGAGAUGUAAUAAAAUGAUUUUGCAAAUGUG